AUGACUUUUACAUUAGCGACAUGUAGUCCCCCUCACGUUGUAUUCAUCGUCGCUGACGACCUCGGCUGGAAUGACGUUGGAUGGCACAAUCCAGACAUGAUCACACCUAACCUGGACAGACUGGCCAAAGCUGGUGUCAUCCUCAACUCUUCUUACGUCCAGCCACUGUGUUCACCCUCCAGAAAUUGCUUCAUGUCGGGAUACUAUCCCUAUCACACUGGACUACAGGAUCAAGUAGUGUUUGUGGUGGAACCCAAGUACUUGCCGAUAAACUUCACACUCAUACCGCAGAGAAUGAAAGCUUUGGGCUACGCCACUCAUAUCGUUGGGAAAUGGCAUUUGGGAUUCUGCAACUGGAAGUACACACCAACUGAAAGAGGCUUUGAUUCUUUCGUUGGCUAUUAUUCAGGUAAGGAGGGCUACUACAAUCACACGAGGUCCGAAAUGAACAUGACUGGUGUGGACUUCCGGAGAAAUAAGGAGGUGGACAGAGAGGACAAGGGGAAGUAUUCAGCAGAUGUGUACACUGAACGUGCCAUUGAAAUCAUCAAGACUCACGAUAAAUCCAAGCCAUUAUACUUAUACCUGCCGUUCCAGUCUGUGCAUGUACCGCUCGAGGUACCCAAGAGGUUUGAGGAUAUGUACAAGAACAUCGAGACCAUUAACCGAAGGAUUUAUUGUGGUAUGGUAACUGCCCUGGACGAGGCUGUUGGAAGGGUUGUUCAGAGUCUUGAAGAAGAAGGGUUUAUGGAUAAUUUACUUCUUGUGUUCACAUCUGACAAUGGUGGACCUUACUUUGACGCAGCCAACAAUCUGCCUCUACGAGGAGCUAAGUCUACGUUGUGGGAAGGGGGCACGAAAGGAGCUGCUUUCAUCUACAGUAAGAAUCUCUUGAAGAAGACGGGCUAUGUCAACACGGAAAUGAUGCAUGCUGUGGACUGGUACCCGACAUUGUUGGAGCUGGCUGGUGGAGAAAACACAGAUCCGAACAUGGACGGAGUCAGUCAGUACGACAUGCUCAUUAACGGUGGGAAGAGCAAGCGGGACGGAUUUGUCUACAACAUAUACGAUAUGACAAAUACAUCAGCUAUCCGACAUGGUCAUCUGAAACUUAUACAAGGAAGUCCUGGCAAGUAUAACAACUGGGCACCAUUGCCAAAGUUAGGAAUGGACAUGAGUGUAUAUGAAGCUGACGAUACGGAGUUCCCGCCAUACAUGAUGUUCAACAUCACAGAGGAUCCAACAGAGCAUGUAGACAUAAUAGCCAAGUAUCCAGAACUAGCUGCAGUGAUGAUAGAGAAGCUGGAUGAGUACAAGAAGAGCCGUGUUCCAGCACAAGACCCAGCACCAGAUCCAGCUUCCAAUCCCAAAUAUUUCAAUGGCGCCUGGAGUCCUGGGUGGUGCUGAAACAGAUACUGAUGUUGCUUUAUACAGUCGAGCACCGUUGUGUCGAACAACGCGAUAUCUCGGUUGUCUCGGUAUAACAUCUCGGUCCAGGCAAAAUCCUUUAUAAUUUAUCAUUAUUCAAGCUCUUUUAACUCGAUACGGAUGUCUCGAUAUUUCGGAUAUCUCCAUAUCAUUUCAUGGUUCCAACGAGCAAAAUUACCGUUUUAACUCGAUAUUUGCAAAGAAACUCGGUAUGCAUCUACCUUUCAAGGGCAAGUAUCCAUCUGAACGGAGG